AAGCUUCCCGAGAGCCAUGGUUGGUCCAGGCAGGCAAUCGGAGCACCUCAUGGAGCGGCUGCUAACCGGGGGUGGGGUGCGGUGGGAUGGGGGGGUCUGUUGGUAGUACUCUCAGUCCUGAUGUCACAGGCGCGGCAAGGACAUCGCAAGGAGGAGUCGGAUUACAGUAAGGAUGGGCCGUGCAGCAGGCAGCCCGAGCGCACGCCCCAGCCGCCGGGGACCGUAGCCCCGGAGAGGCAGCCUGCAAGGCGCUCAUCCCGCGGAGGAGGCACGCUCGGCGCUCGCUGCUCUGCACGCCGCCGGGGACGUCUUCACCGAAUGUAGCAUGAAACGGCCGUGCUCUGCGUGUCAGCCUUGGGUGCGAGCUGAUGCUGAAGACGCCGCGGUGGGCUUCCAGCUGUCUGAUUAAUGAGAAACAUAAUGUAUUUUGGUGGUACGUGCCAGAGUCCUGCUCUCCCAGCCCUGGUCCGGCCACCAGCCCCUCCUUUGCAACCACCGCUGGAUAUUAAACCAUUUCUUCCCUUUCCUCUGGACACUGCGGCUGCAGUCAACCUUUUCCCCAAUUUUAAUGCGAUGGACCCAAUUCAAAAAGCUGUAAUAAAUCAUACAUUCGGUGUUCCUCUUCCUCAUCGAAGAAAGCAAAUCAUAUCAUGCAACAUUUGCCAGUUAAGAUUUAAUUCUGAUAGCCAGGCUGCGGCCCACUACAAAGGCACGAAACAUGCCAAGAAGCUCAAAGCACUGGAAGCCAUGAAAAAUAAGCAGAAAUCUGUAACUGCCAAGGACAGCGCAAAGACUGCCUUCACCUCCAUCACUACCAAUACCAUGAAUACCAGCUCUGACAAAACAGACAGUACAGCAGGGACACCAGCAAUAUCAACGACGACAGCUGUGGAAAUACGCAAAAGCAGUGUUAUGACAACUGACAUCACCUCUAAAGUGGAAAAAAGCCCCACGACAGCCACUGGCAAUAGCUCAUGUCCUUCCACAGAGACUGAGGAAGAAAAAGCAAAACGGCUCCUUUACUGUUCUCUAUGCAAGGUUGCUGUCAACUCCGCCUCACAGCUGGAGGCGCACAACAGUGGUACUAAGCACAAAACCAUGCUAGAAGCCCGGAAUGGAAGCGGGACAAUCAAAGCCUUUCCUAGGGCAGGAGUGAAAGGCAAAGGACCAGUUAAUAAGGGAAACACGGGCCUUCAAAACAAAACAUUUCACUGUGAGAUCUGUGAUGUGCAUGUCAACUCGGAAACACAACUUAAACAGCACAUUAGCAGUAGAAGGCACAAAGACAGAGCUGCUGGGAAGCCCCCGAAACCUAAAUACAGUCCUUACAACAAACUACAGAAGGCAGCACAUCCAUUGGGGGUAAAAUUAGUGUUUUCAAAAGAACCUUCAAAGCCAUUGGCUCCACGAAUUCUACCAAACCCACUGGCAGCUGCAGCAGCAGCUGCUGCUGUAGCAGUGAGUUCCCCCUUCAGUCUUCGAACUGCUCCAGCAGCAACACUGUUCCAGACUUCUGCGCUUCCUCCAGCACUCCUGCGGCCAGCUCCUGGACCCAUUCGGACCGCCCACACUCCUGUGCUGUUUGCUCCUUACUGAAUUCCAGAUGGGAGUAAUUGUACUGCAAUAAUUUUUCAAAAAACAAA